GUCCUGUAUUUCGCUCUUCCGGGUGGAAACAACGCAAAUUCCAAACGGGAGUAGAAGCAAACGCUCCCUCCUUCGGCUCUUCUGGCCGGCGUUCACAUUUGGAGAAGGGAAUCAUUCCAGAGCACCAUGGGUCUUCUGUCUGAUCCCACCAGAAGAAAGGCAAUGGUCAGAGUACUGACUCGCCUCAAUGCUCCAAUCUGUCUUCUGUGCUACAUGGUAGGCAUGGCCUGCUUCAUGGGUUUGGCCUUCGAGCCGUUCAACCUGCGCACGUACAUGUCCGAGAACGCCAUGGGUUCCACCAUGGUGGAAGAGCGCUUCCAAGCCGGAGAGAGGGCCAUUGUAACGGCCAGGGAGUUUGGGGUGGAAAAAGAGGAAGCCGGAGGGAUGCCGGUGAACUGGCUGGUGAAAGCCAUGCGAGAUCGAGGCCUGGAGGUGUACACACAGACCUUCUCCCACACACUGCCCUUCCCGGAUGAAAACAAAGAGAGAUUCAUGGUGAAAGGUACAAACGUGUACGGCAUCCUCCGCGCCCCUCGAGCUCCAAGGACCGAAGCGCUGAUUCUGACCGCUCAGUGCGGUCUAGAAGAUGACAACAACCAAGCUGUGGGGCUGCUGCUGGUUUUGGCGCAGUACUUCAGAAGUCAGGUGUACUGGGCCAAGGACAUCAUCUUCCUCGUCAAUGAACACGAUCUGAUCGGCAUCCAGGCCUGGCUGGAGGGAUACCACCAUACCAACAUCUCAGGAAUGAACUGGUCGCCUAUCCAAGGCCGCGCUGGUUCCAUCCAGGCGGCGCUGUCCUUGGAACUCAGUAGCAACGUGGUGACCAGCCUGGACAUCGUGCUGGAGGGGCUCAACGGGCAGCUGCCCAACCUGGACCUCAUGAACCUCUUCUAUGCUUUCUGCCAUAAGUUUGAUGUCCUGUGCACAAUCCAGGGCAAGCUGCAGCGGAACGACUGGGAAAGCCUCUCCGGCUACACCCAUGCCGUGCAGACCAUGAUGCUGAUGAUGGUCAAGCAGGCCAGUGGGCAUCCUUGGGGCGACCACGGGCUCUUCCUGCGCUACAACGUGGAGGCGGCCACCAUCAAAGGCAUCAACAGCUACCGUCAGUACAAGACUUCUGUCAACUCCGUCGGCAGGCUCCUGGAGGCAAUGUACCGCAAGCUGAACAACCUCCUGGAGCGCCUGCACCAGGCCUAUUUCUUCUACCUUUUGCCCUCUCUGUCCCACUUUGUUCCCAUCAGUUACUACAUGACGGCCUUCGGCCUUGUCGCCAUCAGCCUGCCGCUGCGCGCUUUGGACCUGUGGGUUGAACUCUCAGUGUCUCCAGCGACAGAAGACGGCGUCGCCAAUGUGGAGCAGUCCAGUCCUCUCGUGCUGUCUGUGCUGACCCCUCUGGUGAUCAGCCACUUGACCGGAGCGGCCCUCUACACGCUGCCCGUCCGCUUCCAGGAAAUGGCGGUGGAGCACUUCCCGGUGUCCGAGACGGAGGCCGUGGUGCUGACGGUCAUCGCGGUGUACACGGCCGGCAUGGCUCUGCCUCACAACACGCACAGAUUUGUGUCUGGCGAGGGGACGGAGCAGGGCUGGAGGGUUCUAAAGCUAGUGACCAUGUUGUACUUGGCCGUGCUGCUGGGCUGCACCGCCCUGCUCAACUUCUCACUGGGCUUCAUCCUCGCCCUCACGCUGGUGCCCGUGGCCGCCAGCAUCACGCCACACAUGCCCAAGUUCCCGACGGCCUUGGUCAUGGUGAUCCUCAGCCCGGCCUGCACGCUGCUUUUCUCCGUCUUUGCCUUCUAUGAGCUACAGGAGAUGCCGAUGGGCUUCCAGGACUGCUGGCUGCAGUUCCUGUCUGUUAUCUCGCAGGGCAUCCUGGACCACACGCUGUACGGCUCGAUGGUCUUCCCGCUACUGACGCUGAUGGUGUAUCCCUGCUGGCUGGUUCUCUGGAAUAUCCUUUUCUGGAAGUAGUCCACCUAUAAGCCUUCGACUCAACAAAAGUGAUCUCAGGUACUUUGUCCACCAAGGAUUGGCAGGUAUUCCAUGAGAAGAAUGACUGUACAUUAAUGACUGUACAUUUGUUUGACACGACUUAUAUUAGGGAGGGGUAUCAAUUGAGAGAUUUUUUUUGUCUUGAAGAAAUAGAGGCAAAAUUGAGUGCACUACUUGGCUGCAACCAGAUUCAGUCCCAACAACUAGGUUUGCCGUUUGAAGAACUCUUUAAGGGGAAGCUAUCCAAGUGGAAAUAACUGAUUGCCUGUUUAUUUUCCCAUUGUCAAUUAAGGCAAUGUAUUUAAAUGCUCGCCCCUAAUUUGUAUUGUCGUUUCCACGUUAAUGAAGUAAUGCUCAACACUAUUUAUGCAAAAAGAAAAUAUUUGAAUAUUACGUAUGUUGUUUUAUUAGCAUUUGAGAAAGGACAAAAGUACAUUGUGGAGCUGUGAGCUUGUUUUUAUACUUGUUUUAAAACGUUCUGCGUCUUGCUUUUGAAAUGAAACUGCUGGUGCCCUGUUGUUUUCAAGGUUCUAAAACAGUGAUGUUGACCUAAUGAUUGAUUUCGCUCCAUUUUCUCAAGACAACCACGUGAUAUGGUAAUUGUUUAUUGAUCUGUCAUUUGCAUUUUUUAUUUUUUAAACCCAGUCAUAUGUACUGAUAUCAUUCCGUUGCUGUUACACCUUGAAGAGGGAAUCUAAUGUGAAGUCAAAUCAAAGCUCCUAAAAUGUACACCGAUUAAAAAUAGUUGAAAAGAAAAACAUGUCCAUCAAAGUCGAUUUGUAAAGAGUAAAAGCACUUGUAACCA